AUCUUCUCCUCUGCUUCUUCUUUCCUUUCCUCACAAAUUGUACUGGGCAUAUAUCGUAGGCGAGCUUGAGCAAGCUUCUAGAUUUUCUAGAUUCUCGUUAUAAUCGAGUCCUCCUCUAUCAUAUGCUCUAGAGAAAAUUAUUGACGCCGAUUUGGAAGCAUGUGAGAGUUUUCGAAUCUCGAGGAUCGCUGCCUCUUACCGCCGGCCGUUACAUAUAAAUGUUAGACUCACGUAUACAUAGACUCGAAUCCGGAUCUGAGAAAUAUCAAAUACCAAAUAUCUUAAUAUCAUAUUAUUAUACAUAUACUUCACGUUGAUAUACUGCUAUAUUAUGCCGUUAACUUGUCUUGUUCUCGAUGCCGCCAACGUCAACGAUUCCAGAUAAUAUUCAUUAACAAUAGCUGACUUACAGCGUAGGUACGAAGCCAAGGUCUGUUGGCUGAACGCCAUGUCCGAUUUUGGACUACGAACGCCAUGUGCGAGAAAUGGUCAUAGCGUCUUUGGAUAACAAUUUUUCUCCCUUCCUAGGCUUUUCUCAGCAUCACGUCGCGUGAUGAUCGUCCUCUGCACCGAAUAUCAUCGUAUUCCUUCGUUUUACGAUCAAUUCCUCGCAAACGUAGUCCUUACGAGCUAUCACUUCUGCAUUGCCUUCCGUCGACCUCUCGAGUGGCGGUAAUCUCCUCUUGUUAGACCAAAUGGACGACGACAACGACUAUGGUGGACACCGGCUUAAUCCCAAUUGCCAACGCGUUGACCUAUCUCGAAUUACCACCAGAGAAUUGGUUUACCAUGUCGCUUCGUCCAUCGCCGGCCUUCGCAAUGACUACCCCGACAGAUUCGAGCAACUAGAGCAAGUCGUGCAGGGAGAGUCCAAUGACUGGAAGGAAAUAUUGGAAGAUAUCGGGAAGAAUCUCGAGUUUUUACAAUCAACCCUCGAUGAUUGUCAGGAAGGUCAAGAAGGCGCGGACGGGGUCAAGGCACUUCUCCGCAUAGUAGAGGACCAUAUCACCGAUAUGCAAACGGACCAAGAUCGGCUCUUACACGCCAUAGUCGAAUUCGCGAGUGCCAACCAAUCCCGAGUUGAGAGUAUGAAUGAUUCCGUAUCCGCUCAAAUGAGUGCUCUGCGCGCCGAGGUUCAGGCAUUGCGUAGAACCAUAAGCCAAACACCUCGGUUUCCUCAAUUUAGGAGACUGCCGGCUGAAGUCCGAUUUAUGAUUUGGGAUUUGGCACUCCCACGGCGGAUGGUAGGCCUCAAGGAAAGUUUUGGCAACGACACAGAAGAAUUCGAUAAUCCCCGAUAUGAAUUCAUAUCGAAAUUACCGCCGCCCUCCGUUGCCCAGGUCUGUCGGGAAUCUCGGGCUAUAGCAUGUCAAAGUGGCAGGCUUGUGUCGAUCAGAAAUUCUCCGGUAUAUUUGCCAUCCUGUCUUAGAGUACAAUGGACGUGGUUCGACUCAAGUCGAGAUAGUCUCUUCUUUCGGCUCUCCAUGAGUGGCUAUAGCCUCCACCCUAUAAGGGACCUGACCAGCCGCGCUCAGCACGUCACCAUAGAUUAUGAAACAUUCGACGAUGAUGUUUACAAUUUCUUCGAGAGUUUAUUCACCCCGAGUUCCUUCCCGCAGCUGAAGACUAUCGAUAUUGUGGGAGAAACAUACACCCAACCUGAGCGAAGCGACCCGGUUUUGGAGUCUCGAGUAUUUACACGUGACUGCAACCAUCCUAUUUCUAUCGAGAAGCAUAAUCAAUCUGUCAAAAAAGCUUUUCUGAGAAAGUUAAAGACAAACCACUCCUCUGAUGAUGUCGACCAACUUGAGAGAUUCUUAGAAGCUAAGGGGAAUACAGACGGCUUGCCACACGAUAAUAUUCACUAUGACACUCAGGCCUGGCACGACCGCCUAAAACAAUUACACGACAGAUGGCUCAUUAAUCAAUAUGAAGGUGGCGCCUCGGGCGGCGACGUGAAUGGGGGGAGAACAACGUCGGUCAGAGUCAACGAGAAGGAAAAGGUUGGGCCGUCCUACGAUUGGCUUGUCAUGAUGAAUCUGAAAAUACCUACUAUCCGACGCGUGGCUCUACUUCGCCUGAGGGGGGAUGGUUGGAAUAUUAUGUAGUCGGGGGACAAUAUUUGGCUAUGUGUUUCUUUGUUUCGUAUUGUCGUCUUGCUUUAUUUUAGGAUUUUUGGGGAGUUGUUAUGAUGGGUUCACGUAACGGAGAAUAGGGGUUGCAAUAUUGGUACUUGAUGGUGCGAGAUUUACGAAUUUUUUGGUUGCUUUCACGGUACAACAGAAAACUGGGUCAUACUAUCAAGCUCCUUCGAAGUAGAACUCGAUUGUCCUUAAUUUCUAUUCAUAUAAUAUUAUGUAUACGAGUUGAUGAAUUCCAAUAUUGAUAUUCAA